UCUCUGACCCCCCGGCCCCACCCGUCGGACGUGCCCGUCAUGCCAGGCACUGCUUGGCGCUAGUGCUCCGGCCGCCGUCCGCCCGCCCACUCACAGCCGCGCCCACUGCCCAGAGCCAGAGGGAUGGUGGUAGUCACGGGGCGGGAGCCAGACAGCCGUCGCCCAGACGGUGCCAUGUCCAGCUCCGACGCUGAAGACGACUUUCUGGAGCCGGCCACCCCGACGGCCACGCAGGCGGGGCACGCGCUGCCCCUGAUGCCCCAGGAGUUUCCCGAAGUGGUCCCUCUGAACAUCGGAGGGGCUCACUUCACCACGCGCCUGUCCACCCUGCGUCGCUACGAGGACACCAUGCUGGCAGCCAUGUUCAGCGGACGGCACUACAUCCCCACCGAUGCGGAGGGCCGGUACUUCAUCGAUCGGGAUGGCACGCACUUUGGAGAUGUGCUGAAUUUCCUGCGCUCAGGGGACCUUCCACCCCGGGACCGUGUGCGGGCUGUGCACAAAGAGGCCCAGUACUAUGCCAUUGGACCCCUUCUGGAACAGUUGGAGAACAUGCAGCCACUAAAGGGGGAGAAAGUACGCCAGGCAUUUCUGGGACUCAUGCCCUAUUACAAAGACCAUCUGGACCGGAUUGUGGAGAUUGCCCGGCUGCGCGCAGUACAGCGGAAGGCCCGUUUUGCCAAGCUCAAGGUCUGUGUCUUCAAGGAGGAGAUGCCCAUCACCCCCUAUGAGUGUCCGCUUCUCAACUCCCUGCGCUUUGAGCGGAGUGAGAGUGAUGGGCAGUUCUUUGAGCACCACUGUGAAGUGGAUGUGUCUUUUGGGCCCUGGGAGGCCGUGGCUGAUGUUUAUGACCUGCUGCACUGCCUGGUCACAGACCUCUCAGCACAGGGCCUCACUGUGGACCACCAGUGCAUCGGGGUGUGUGACAAGCACCUUAUCAAUCACUACUACUGCAAGCGUCCCAUCUAUGAGUUCAAGAUCACAUGGUGGUGAGUAGAUCUGGGAGGGAGCAGAGUUCCGUCAGAGAAGGGCAUCCAUUCCCCUUCGUCGCUCUGGGAGUAGGAUUCCUAGAAGGGCUACUGAUUGCCCCAGAACCUGCUGAGGUGAGGACCAAGUCCUGAGGCACAGCUCCAAGAGGAUGGAGGUGCAGCUCCAGUCUCCCAGCUGUACCUCAGGGUCAGACGCAGGGCUUGUGACCCGUGGGGACUUUGGGCCUUCAUUCACCUGAUCUUUCCUUGAGGCAUGGCAGUCUUUGCCUGAGGCUGAUGGGGUCUGGCUAGCUAGGGCUUGACUAGGAAGUCCAGAGGUUUUGUCAUUGUCUUGACUUGGCAAGAGCGUUUCUGCCCUUUUUAGAGCCACAUUACCAAACGAAUGUAGGCAUCAUCACUUCCUCGACCCUGCUCAAGUUUCUCUUCACGUGCUCAAUAUAUAGGUAAGAACAUAGAAUAUGAUGGAGGAUUUGCCCAAGUAGUCACCCUCAGUCCUUGGCUGAAGAAGGAAUAGCAUCUCCUCUCCCAGUCACUCCCUCUGCCUCUAAGAAUAGUCCCAUGUUUGUCUUAGGAUGUGGAAGACUCCUUCUCUCCAGACAUAUCCUUCACCACAUUUUGGAGCUGUAACCAUAGUUGCCAAAGCCAUGCACCGGGUUGGCCUUAGAAAAUCACAAUGUUUACAGCCCUGCCUUGGGGCCUUAGCUUCUACCUUCUGCCAACCUUCCUUGCUUGAGGGGUUAUUGUAUAUGGCUGGGGUGCAAAUUUUAGAGGCACCUGUUGAAAAUUCCCAUAGUCAAGGAGGCAAGAUACCUAGAUCGCCUGUUAUUUUUGAUAUGUAACAUCCUUUCCAGAGGUUUGGAAUACCUUCUUGGCGGCUGUUUCACGUGUUACAAUACAAAUUGUGGUGAACCUCCUUGAAUAGGAACCACCCCCUAUUUUAGCCCCUUUGCUCUAUCCUGUUAACCUUCUCCUUCUAAGAAAAUGUUCUAUAAUGGAGAAACAAAGAAAGGGCUGGGUGAGCAGUACAGUUGUCCCACAAGCUAUGGAAAGAUAGCAGCAACCCUCCAUUCUGUUUUCCCAUAUUUCAGAGAGAGAGAGCAAGGGAGAAAGAUCCGCAAGGAUCUGCUCCCACUGUAUUUUCUUCUUGCUCCAUCUGCAGCCUGGGCAGCUGGUCAGGGUGUGGAGAUGCAUCUCCUAAAGAAAGAGCUAUAUAGCCCCAGUAACUAGAAUAUAGCACUUCUGUGUUGGAUAAGGGCUUCUCCCUAUAAUCAUGAUUGUACUCCUCCUUUGUUCCUGGGUAUUCUUGUGGGGAGAUCCUUUAUAUACAAAAACUGGUAAGGACAGCCUCAUUGGUCUCAAGACCAGACUGGUGAGGUGUAGGGCAAGGAGGAGCUGCAAAUGUCUGCCUCCUUCUGAGAAAGGGAAAGCCAAGACCUGGGACCUUGACUGAAUUCCUUGAUGGGACAGUGACUUUCAUAGCCCUGUGUGGGAACAGCAAUUCCAUGCUUUGAUUUUUGUACCUUUCUGUUGAAUCUCUGUAUGAGUGGACAGAGGUGCAGACUGAAAUCUACAAGGAAAGUACAGUGAUUCAGGUUCUAAAGUACGUGUUUUCUGUUAUCCUCAUCCACAAAUGGAUCAUCACUUUUCUGGAGCUGAUGUUCCUACUUGGAGCUUAGCCCAGCAGCAUGGCUUUUGCCUUGUUCUAACAGAAAAAAUAUUUCUUUAAGUUGUUCUGAUUGGUAUUACUCCCUAAUAGAAGUUCAGUUUUGACAGCUACUGGGGCAAGUUAUACAGGAGGAAGUCAGUGUGAGUAAAGAGCAGAUGAAUUAAGCCCAGGGCUUCCUUUUCCCAUCCCUGGCACAGAACUUCUUAGCACUAGGUUAUUUAGAGUCCACAGAGAACAACUUGCUCACACAAAUGCAGAUUUGCUUAAAAAAAAAAAAAAAAAGGCCCUAAUGACCUGCUUGGGGCUACAGGGAUCCUGGACAAGGACGCUGUCCAGUUUGUCUCUCCCCCUAUUUUCCUCAUGGUGGUAUUUUCUGUGCCAGUGUGGGGAGAAAAGGCUCUGGGCAGAGCAGGGACACUGGCAGCCAGCUUGGGACUCUUUCUAAGAGGCGUCAAAGAAUUUGGUGGCCCAGUUUGCCCAUUCUCUGAUGAGGAGCCCGGCUGCAAAGUGCAUUCAGAGGCCGUGGUUGGUGGUAAUGGAUUCCCAAUUAAAGGGUCCCUCUGAGGCAACAGCUUCUCUUAGUUGGAUUGUUUUCCAAAUCUAAAUGGCCAGGCCCAGAGCAGAAGGAGGAUUGGGUCAGGAAGGAGGGUUACAAAGUAUGAUUGUUUCUCCCCUGUUGAAGUAUGUUUCAUAGAAUUCUUGUGCAUAAUGUCUAUAAAUGCCUCUCAUUUGAUUCAUCCUGCUGUGAACAGGAUAUCGGUUCUCAGUAGGUCAAACCAAAGUGUUUGCCUUUGGUACUUCCCUUAUGUUUGACUUUGGGCACUUCUUCCUCCCUGUGUGGGGCUCACUGGUUGGGAAGGUGAACAUUUUAGGCGACAGGACUAGAUGUGUGGUGUUAGCCCUAACACAGUUAAGUAAAAAAAUGAAAAGCUAAAUGACAACAACAACAAAAAGACUGGAAAGAACCCACAAUGAAACACAUCAUACCAUUCCAGGUGGAGGAAUUAUUUUGCUAAAACUCUAAAUAGAAGAAAUAGAAAAAUUGUCACCAUCCUUAUCCUACCUCUGGAUAAUUUACCAGAUUGUCUGAUGCUUGUCACAUCGAGCACAGUCAAUUAUGUUCUGAAAGUUUCUAUUCUUUCUGGGUCUUCAGUGUAUUCUGGGAGCUCUCUGAACCUUGUACCUCAGGCUGAUCAGGUGAUAACCUUCCUGUUGUUUGCUGGCUGGAGGACUAGGAAAUUGAUGUUUGCAAGCCACAAGGUGGGGUGAGCUGAGCUCAGUGUGUGAUCCUGGUCCAAGCUGGAUCCUGAAGAGGUUAAGAUAAACAAUAACAAAACAAAAACUACUCACACUGAGCAGCUUGAUCCCAGUUAGAAUUUCAAGAAUUUUGUAUACCUUCUGUCCAUAUUUGAAUCUAAUAAUAAGUGAUUAAGCUUUCCUGGGUACCACUUUGCUGGAACUCUUCAUGAAGGUGGUGCCUAUGUCUUGAUCCUUAAAAGAAGGAUUUAUUCAUCAUAAGUCAGAGUGUUGGGAACUGAGUUGGGAGAGGCACUUUUGAGAAUUCUGGAAAAAAAUACACAUAUAUACAUAUGUUAAGUGGGGAAGGGUAGCUUAGCAGGGAUUUAAAGGAGGGAGGAACAAAGACUGGAGGAAUAAGAGUUCUCUGGAGUGUGGGAUGCCACUUGGGUCCAUUGUCUUCUGUAUGGUGUUGGGUUUGUGUGUACAGUAUAACACUUCCUGUGUCUGUUCAUUACCUGUCUAUGAGUGCUCUGGUGCAUGGAGCCUCAGUACCCUUACAUGGCAUUAAAGUCAAAAAUUAGAACCUGGGUGCUGUGCCUUUUCUUUUUUUUACUCUCAUACUUCCUCUGCCUCUUCCUGAUGUUCACUUUUUGAACAUGUUUUGAUUUUUGCUUAGAAUGUAGUAAUUUGGGGGACAUCACACUAAAUAACACAGGUUCUUCUUGAGACUAGCAGCUGAACUUCGGCCCUGAUGUGAACUUAAAAGGACACCGUGAGGGCCCUUUUAUUCUAGCUUUGUCUCUA